CCACUUUGAAAUCCACCGGGCCAGCCUCACACAGCAUUUGCGACCUUCCCUGGUUCUACCCUUAUUUUUGCCUUUUUGGCCCACACAGGCACUUUUCGCUCACCCUACAAUCCUUACUUUAUGUAAUUAAAUUUGUCGGUCCACAAUGCUUAUUGAUAACCUUUGUGUGUCGUGAUUUUUCCUUGAUUCCCUUUUCUUUUUUUUUUUUUUUUUCUUAAUUUAAAAACAAAUCGCCUUUUUUUUUUGGUCUCCCCCUGCAAACGCGUUGAUGGACCGGGGAGUUUGAUGGUGAGACGAGGAAGAAGCCGUGAUGGGGUCGAGGCUCGAUCGCUUAGUCAUUCUUUUGGAGACUGGGAGCACGCCAGUCAUCAGAAACACUGCUGCCCAGCAGCUGGCCGAUGUUCAGAAGCAGCAUCCAGAGGAGCUGUUCAACCUGCUUGGCCGCAUCCUACCAUAUCUUAGGUCGCGGUCAUGGGAUACCAGAACAGCAGCUGCCAAGGCAAUUGGCGGCAUAGUCGGCUAUGCUCCCAAGUUCGACCCAAAUGCGGACGACAGUUCACCUUCCAAGGAGGAGGAGGCUGAAAAUGCAAAGGUGAAAACCGAAUCAGAGGCUGCGGAUGAACUCCUAAGUUUGGAAACUCUGGAUAUCGUAUCAAUCCUCAAGCAUGGCCAAAAGUUGCUCGGAAGUGCUGGCAAGGAGUAUGAGAUUUCCCUUGCUGGCUUGGACCCAGCGGCAAGGUUGCAGAAACAAAAGAGAACGCUGACUGCGCGCCUUGGAUUGGCGGGUGAAUAUAUCGAAGAGAGCUUGAUCAAUGAUCACGACAUCAAUGACGGCACCGUCCCAAAAGGCUCGUCCGGAACGGGAUGCGUGCCCAAACUGGAUACGUCAGUCUCGACCCUUGCUCGUCAACAUAGCAUCACAAACAUUCCUCCUCAAUCGGCAACUUCCCCUAAUGAUCCUCAAACGCCCAUGAACGGUGAGGAACAUGGACUUAGUAAGCGCCAGUUGAAUCAGUUGAAACGAAAGAACAAGCAGUCUGCGAGAAUGGGAGGCAGUAAAGUCAGAGUUGUUGACCUCUCGGUCAGAAAAGGCUCUGAUAUCGUUGCGACACCGUCUGUGACUACGCCUCAUCCCAUCAAAAAGGAAAGCGGCGAGGAAAACGAGGAUGAAAAGGUGGAUUAUUUCUCCCUGAAAAGAGAAGGGCCUGACGACGACUCAAAAUUAGUCACCGAAUUCAAAGGGGCCGUUGUGCCCGAGAGAUCGUUUAUACAGACCGAUGCCGAGGAACAAAAUCUAGAAUGGCCUUAUGAACGCAUGUGUGAAAUCCUCAUGGUUGACCUAUUCGACCAUGCUUGGGAGAUUCGACACGGGGCUGCCAUGGGCCUCCGGGAAGUAAUCCGUGUUCAGGGAGCUGGUGCGGGCCGUCUAUGGGGCAAAACAAGAGCUGAGAAUGAUGAACUAAAUCAUUGUUGGCUUAAUAACCUUGCGUGUCGACUUCUUUGUGUAUUCAUGCUUGACCGGUUUGGCGACUACAUCUCAGAUAAUGUUGUAGCUCCAAUUCGCGAAACGGUUGGUCAGACGCUCGGUGCACUUUUGUCCCAUUUGCCCUCGAAGUCGGUUGUUUUGGUCUAUCAUAUUCUGUACAGAAUCAUCAUGCAAAAAGAUCUGGACACUAUCAAGCCCGUUUGGGAAGUGUGCCAUGGAGGGAUGAUCGGGUUAAAAUAUUUGGUUGCCGUUCGAAACGACAUUUUAUUCGAAGACUCCGCCGUUUUGGAUGGCGUAAUUGAGGCUGUGAUGAAAGGCCUGGGCGACUUUGAUGAUGACGUUCGUGCUGUUAGCGCAGCCACCCUAAUUCCAAUUGCCGAUGAUUUCGUGAAACUGCGGCCAGGAGCCCUAGAUUCCCUAAUCGAUAUUGUAUGGAAUUGCCUCUCCAAUUUACAAGACGACCUUAGUGCGAGUACCGGCUCAGUCAUGGACCUCCUCGCAAGGCUAUGUAUAUUCCCACAAGUGCUGGAAGCCAUGAAAGUGAACGCCGCUCACGAUCCCGAAUCCUCCUUUGGCAACCUUGUUCCUCGACUUUUCCCGUUCCUUCGACAUACUAUUUCCAGCGUACGGUCUGCUGUCCUUCGCGCCCUUCUUACAUUCUUAAAACUAGAGAACGAAGGUCAGGAUUCAUGGGUGGACGGCAAAGCACUAAGACUUGUUUUCCAGAAUCUUCUUGUUGAGCGGCACGAAAGUGUUCUCAAGUUAUCCCUGCAAGUCUGGUCAGAAAUGCUUCGAGUACUUGGUUCUCAAGGCAUAUUCAGUACAGACCAACUUGUCACUCCGGUUCAGCCACUCAUUUCGGCAACUAUGAAUCCGUUUGGCGUUCCACGUUAUCCAAUCCCAAUGGAUCUGUCUCUCUUUAUUCGACCUUCUGGAUCAGCUUUCACAUCUGCGCCUUCUAUCCCAAGGAAACCGUCAGUUCACACACCCACCGAACCCGCACCGCGAGGCAGGAGAAGAAAGACGGAAAAGAAAGAAGCGCCCGUUGUGAUGGUGCAUAAUGUGGACGGCCACAUGCUCCAAGGAGACAUCGACUUGGUCGGUACUGAUACGAUGGUAAGAUCGAAGAUUUACGCUGCCAUCGCUCUCGGUGAGUUUUUGGCAACGUGGGAUUCUGCUAAUGAGUUCAACUUGUGGGAUCGCGUUUUACCUGCUUUAAAUUGGCCUGGCUCUACUUCCCAACUGGUGGCCGCCAUGGUGGUCGAAGAAUAUACAAAGCGCCAGGGUCCUGCUUCUCGACAUGCUUCUCUACUUUCGCAAUGGCUCAAUCCAUUGAUAGAGAAUGAACGGCCGUCAUGGUAUGGCGACAUUUCAUGCUACUUGCAUAUUGCACGAGCCCAAUGCCAUUCACUUCUCAACGCGUUCAGGGACCAUGCGCAUGUUUCUCAGUCAAGACUUCCGACUUUAGCAGUGGUGGUUCAAGGUGAUCCCGAAGCCGGGCCUAACGCUUUCUCAAUCCACGAUGCUGAGAAUGUUGUUGGUUCGGAUUUUGAAAGGCUCAAGAGGGACUUAACGCCAACCCAGCGGAUCACCGCACUUCAAGUGUUGAAUGACUCUCGUGCAAGCGCCCAAGCUGCGGUCAAAGAAGCAAAAGAAGUCAAGGAACAGCGUGACAUGCGGAUUCGGGCUGCUAUUGCUGGAUCGCUGGUUGCACUGAAAGAUAUACCGAAGAAGCCUAGCCAUAUUAUCAAGGCAAUGAUGGACAGUGUCAAAAAAGAAGAAAAUAUAGAGCUGCAACAGCGAUCGGCAUCUGCUAUCGCAUCGUUAGUGGAAUAUUACACCACGGCCGCCAAACGUGGUCCGGUAGAUAAAGUCAUUGCGAACCUUGUUAAGUUUUGCUGCGUCGAUACGUCAGAGACACCCGAAUUCCAUCAUAAUGCACAUCUAGAGAAAGCCAUAUUAUCGCUUCGCAAAGAGGAAGAUAAAAAGGAUCCGGUCGAUGCAGCUAAAUUCGAGAGAGAGUCGCGAGAGGCUAGGAUCAUGCGUCGUGGAGCAAAGGAAUCUCUGGAGCAGUUGGCAACUAGAUUUGGUGCUCAGUUAUUGGAAAAGGUGCCAAAUCUCGCAAUUCUUAUCCAAAACGCUUUGAAACAGGCAUUAUCCGGCGACCUCCCAAAGAAUAUUAGAGACCCAUUUAACGAAUUAGGACAAGAAACGGUGGAUGGCCUAUCGAUAUUGCGUGCCCUGUCUCCUAAAUUCCAUCCUGGACUUUACCCAUGGGUUACCGAACUUAUGCCUGUCAUUGUGAAGGCUUUGCAAUGCGAACUCUCUGUCAUUCGAUAUGCGGCGGCCAAAUGUUUUGCCACAUUGUGUAGUGUUAUGCCGGUUGAGGGUAUGACCAUGCUUGUGGAGAAAGUUUUGCCUUCUAUCAGUAAUGCAUUGGAUGUCAACUGUCGACAGGGAGCCAUCGAGUGCAUAUACCAUUUGAUUCACGUUAUGGAAGAUAAAAUUCUUCCAUAUGUCAUUUUCCUGAUUGUCCCUGUUCUCGGCAGAAUGAGUGAUUCUGAUAAUGAUGUGAGGCUUUUGGCAACCACCGCAUUUGCUACUCUUGUCAAGCUUGUUCCAUUGGAGGCCGGAAUCCCUGAUCCACCAGGGCUCUCUGAAGAAUUGCUCCAGGGUCGAGACCGGGAGAGAAAGUUUAUGGCGCAAAUGCUUGAUGUUCGCAAGGUGGAGCCAUUUGAGAUACCAGUUGGUAUCAAAGCUGAACUCCGGUCAUAUCAGCAGGAAGGUGUUAAUUGGCUUGCGUUCCUUAAUCGGUACAAUCUCCAUGGCAUCCUUUGCGACGACAUGGGUCUUGGCAAGACUCUACAGACACUUUGUAUCGUUGCCAGCGACCAUCACCUUAGAGCAGAGGAGUUUUCUCGCACGCAGGCCCCUGAGGUUCGGCGGCUACCAUCCUUAAUUAUCUGUCCUCCUAGUGUUUCCGGUCACUGGCAGCAGGAAAUUCAACAAUAUGCACCUUUCCUCACCUGCGUCUCCUAUAUGGGCCCGCCAGCAGAAAGAGCAAGACAUCGGCCGCGGCUCACUGAAGUGGACAUUGUGAUCACUUCUUACGAUAUUUGCAGGAACGACAAUGAUAUUUUUGCACCAAUGGCGUGGAACUACUGCGUCCUUGAUGAGGGUCAUCUGAUCAAGAAUCCACGAGCAAAGAUUACUCUGGCAGUGAAACGCAUUCAAAGCAAUCACCGUCUAAUACUUUCCGGUACACCGAUUCAAAAUAACGUUUUAGAAUUGUGGUCAUUGUUCGACUUCUUGAUGCCAGGAUUUUUAGGAACUGAAAAGGUUUUCUUGGAUCGCUUUGCAAAACCAAUUGCAGCCAGUCGCUUUAGCAAGUCCUCUUCCAAGGAGCAAGAAGCUGGGGCCCUAGCUAUCGAGGCUUUGCACAAACAAGUCCUACCGUUCUUGUUGCGGCGAUUGAAGGAGGAGGUUUUGAAUGACUUACCUCCGAAGAUUCUUCAAAAUUAUUACUGUGAUCCAAGCGAACUCCAGCGGAAAUUAUUUGAAGAUUUCACCAAAAAAGAGCAGAAGGAGUUGGCGAAGAAGCUCGGAAGCACAGAGAAGGAGGCCAAAGAACAUAUUUUCCAAGCCUUGCAAUAUAUGCGUCGGCUUUGCAAUUCUCCUGCUCUUGUCGUGAAAGAAGGACAUAGGCAAUACCAGGAAGUUCAGAGAUACCUUGCGAAUAAAAAUUCGAAUAUUCGCGAUAUCUCGCAUGCUCCGAAACUUACGGCGCUUCGCGAUUUGCUUAUAGACUGUGGUAUUGGCGUGGAUCUAAGUGUCGAAGGAGAACUUAAUACCGCUGCAAGCUACGUUAGUCCGCAUCGUGCGCUGAUCUUCUGCCAAAUGAAAGAGAUGCUUGAUAUUGUACAAAAUGAUGUGCUCAAGAAGCUGCUUCCGUCUAUUCAAUACCUCCGUCUGGAUGGAAGCGUAGAGGCAACUAAACGACAAAACAUUGUCAAUCAAUUUAACACGGAUCCUAGCUAUGACGUUCUCCUCCUUACGACCAGCGUUGGUGGCCUUGGUCUCAACCUUACCGGAGCGGAUACCGUUAUUUUCGUGGAGCACGAUUGGAAUCCACAAAAAGAUAUACAAGCUAUGGACCGAGCUCAUCGUAUCGGCCAGAAAAAGGUUGUUAAUGUAUACCGCCUGAUCACUCGAGGAACACUGGAGGAGAAGAUUUUGAAUCUACAACGCUUCAAAAUCGAUGUCGCCUCUACUGUCGUCAAUCAGCAAAACGCUGGCCUAAGUACAAUGGACACGGACCAGCUCCUUGACUUAUUCAAUCUAGGCGAAACCGCCGAGACUGCAGAGAAACCCAGCCAGGAUGCUGGUCUUAACGGCAAUGAAGUUGAUAUGGUAGAUAUCGAUGGCGAAGUUAAGGAAAAGGGUAAAAAGGGUUGGCUAGACGACCUUGGGGAAUUAUGGGAUAACCGGCAGUACGAAGAGGAGUACAACCUUGAUUCCUUCUUGGCGUCUAUGAAGGGGUGAUUCUGGAGUGAGGCGUCUGGUAUUCCGUUUGAGACUCCAUGCAUUUGGGGCAAGACGGUUAUUGAUAAUCAGCGGAGUUGGACUGAGUAAACGGUUUCCUUGUUAAUUAUGUUUUGAUUUUUGCUUUCCUAUUUUUUUCCCCCUCCUUUUGUCUAUUCAUUUGCAAGAGGCGGCCUGGCAGGUGUUCAUGGUCAGGAGCAACAGAAAAGUCCUCUUUGUUGGAUUUCUCUAGCAGGGACACAUCCUAGUUGUGCAUUCAGCGGAGUUCUCUGCGUUUUUCUUGGGCGCAAAAAGAACUACAGCUGGCCAUGUUUCGGCAAUUUUGCUUACACAAUCUUCUACCUUUCGACAUUCUUAUUAUCCGCUUCGCUGCAUAUCUUGAACUUUGCCCUUCUCUUCACAAUGAUGUAUAAAUAUGGACUCCCAAUGUUUGAUUCUCUUUAUAGGUUUUGUCAUGUUGAAUUGAUGCCCUGAUGUUCCUGGGCUCUCAUGUACAAUAUAGGUGUUGUUUCCGACCGAGACGACAGGUUACAUAGAUUAAGAAAAGAUUGGCCAUGAGAUCUAUGAUCAACAUUACCAUUGGCUGUCUGCCAUCCUUGAAAAGGAGCACGAACUGACAUGAAGACUCGGCUAUGACAUUGAGCUCCGUCCUAUGAUUGGAUA